AUGGUGGAAGUUCGAAUUCAAUGCAAAACUCAUGGCAAUCACGGGUCUCCAAACAUGAUUGAAAUUAGCAUCACCUCCUCAAACUUAAUGUAUGUGCGUGGUGCCGGUUUGCAUAGUUCACAUUGCAGCCCAUAUGGUCCUGAUAUUUCCCCAAGCGUGGACCCUCAACCAUUUCUUCCAGUCCUACCUCCUUCACCACUGAUGCCACUCACAAAUUAUAGUGUGCCAAAAUUAUCAGGACUCUGUCCAUUGAAUUUUUCAGCAGCUGAAAGUAUAUUGAGCAUAACAGCAACUGAUUGCUGGGCUUUGCUUGCUCCAUAUAUGGCCAAUGUGGUAUGCUGCCCUCAGUUUGAUGCCACUCUAGUGAUUCUUAUAGGUCAUUCCAGUAUUUACUCUCAGCCGCUUGCUUUGAACUUGACUGAUGCCAAGCACUGCCUCUCAGAUGUUGAACAGGUCUUGGAGGGUCAAGGUGCCAGUGAGAAUCUUCACGAGAUAUGCUCUAUGUAUCCAUCAAACCUCACUGAGGCUUCUUGCCCGAUUGUAGAUGUUAAGGAGAUGGACAGCACUGUGGAUUCCUCUAGACUUCUGGCUGCUUGCGAAAAAAUUGAUUUCGUCGAUGAGUGUUGCAACCAAGUUUGUCAAAACCCCAUAUCAGACGCUGCUGAAAAAAUUGCUUUGAAGAAUUAUAGUAUGGUGAGUUCAAACGGAGAUCGUGUCUUGGCUGAGAACUCAAUUAUGAUUAAUGAUUGUAAGAGUAUUGUCCUACGAUGGCUGGCCAGUAAACUUGAUCCUUCUUCUGCAAAUAGGUUUCUCAGAGGACUUUCUUGUUGCAACAUAAACAAGAAUGUCCACUGGUCUUUCAUGAGAUCAAAAAUGUUUCAAGAGAAUGUGGCAGUGUGA